GUUUCUGGUGGCCUACGAGAUGGUCAACCAACUCUGUCCGGUCUCUCGCGAUAGCGAUGGGGAAGGCACUGAGAGGAGACGCCUGGAGGCGUUUUGGUCGGAGAUGAAAGCAUCACGCAUGGACGGCGUAUCGGAGCCAGAGGAUUUUUCACCGACAUCGAC